AUGUUUAUUGAGGAACGUAUAUUAACGCUGUUUAAACAGAACUGGCAACACACCUUAACAUACUGGAGCGUCUUCUUUAGUUUUGGACUAUGCAUAGCCUUCUUAGGCCCCACAAUUUUGGAUCUGAAAUGCCAGACACAAUCAACACUGCAGGAAAUUACAUGGGUGUUUUUCUCGCAGCAGUUUUGUCUGCUCAUUGGUAGCUCAAUUGGAGGAGUUUUCAAAAAAACGCUGUUCAGUGCUCUGGCUGCAUUGUUCCUGUCUUCGUUAAUCAUCUCUGUUGUUUUUGCCAUCAUUCCUUUUUGCUACAAUGUGCUGUUGCUGGCUGUGGCCAUGGCAGUGUCUGGCCUGGCUAUGGGGAUUAUUGACACCAUAGCAAAUAUUCAAUUGGUAUCUAUUUACCAAAAAGAUUCUGCGGUCUUCCUCCAGGCCUUGCACUUUUUCAUUGGGUUUGGUGCACUUGUCAGCCCUCUGAUUGCAGACCCCUUCCUGUCAGAGCACUGCAUGGGUAGCAACAGCACUGAGAAUAUCACUGAGUUCAUGCACCAUCUGAGAAAUAGUCUGGCUGGUAGUCCAAUGAACAACAUUUCCCAGUAUCACAUUCCUGCAAAGCCAGAUGAAGAGGAUGACACCAGUGUGGCCUACGCCUUCUGGAUAAUGGCUUUCAUUAAUUUGCCAGUGCCCAUAGCUGUGUUUCUGCUUAUGUACAAGGAGAAACUGAUACCUUGUUGCCCAAAUAGCACCCCUCGUUUGCUGGACAAGGACGAACUGGCCAUGGAAACCCAAGGGGCAGAGGGACAGGAGACUGCAGAGGUAGAAGCAGGAGGUCAUGGAGAUCUCUUUAGCUGUUGUCAGAAUGAUAACCUGCGGGGUCUGCCUCCGUCUUUUUUCCUCAUCCACAUCCUAGGUGGAAUGGUCUUGUUUAUGACUGAUGGGAUCGUGGGUGCUUAUGCUGGUUUUGUGUACACUUACGCAGUGUCUUCCCCGAUGUCUCUGCCCCAUAAGACUGCAGGCUACCUGGCCAGUAUUUUCUGGGCAGCCAUAACAGCGGGCCGUCUGGUGUCCAUUCCGCUAGCGUACCGUUUUAAACCCGUCAGGUUACUCAUGAUCAAUCUGGCUGGAGUCAUUGUCACCGUACUCUUGCUGCUUAUCCUCUACACCAGCAAUGUUUUCUUGUUUGUCGGGACUUGUUUACUGGGACUAUUCCUCAGCAGUAUUUUCCCUUGUAUGCUGGCUUACACUGAGGACAUUUUAGAUUAUCAAGGAUGUGCUACAACAGUGCUCGUCACAAGUGCUGGGAUGGGUGAAAUGGUGUUGCAAGUACUAGUUGGAUCGAUUAUCCAAACUGCUGGCAGCUAUAGCUUUCUCCUUUGUGGAAUGAUAAUUGGCUGCAUUGGCUUUGGCCUCUUCAUUGCUCUUCUGCUUUGCCAACGUGUCCACCGCAACUAUCUCACAGGGACCUCAAAAAAGUCUCCCAUGGAAGAGGAGCCAGCACCAGAGAAAACUGAGGAAAAACAGUGA